GUGCUUCGCACGUCGACAUUCAAAGUGGGGGUCCCGCUACGUCACACCGCCGGCGCCGCACUCAGGAUCUUUCCAUUAAAUGCGGAUCGCUUCUUUGCCGAUUACUUAUUUUUCUUCCGGGGGAACGACCGGCGCGCCGAAGACGCGGCAUUUGCCGUGCCGGAAGCACUCGCGCGUCGUCUUUCUCCGAGCAUUGCAUUACAUCCCAACAGUCGCAUCGGAUAGGCGCAUGUGCGUGUUGCUUCUGCCGUCUGCUCCACUUCGACGGGCGUAAACAACUGGGCGAAACAACGAGGGUGCCGCGAAAAACCUGUGCCUCUGGGAGCAUCGCCGACCGCCAAGCGAAGGCAUGUCCUCGAGCGCUCACGAUCCCGCUCAGCCGCCGGCCGACGUCGAUGACAUCGAGAAGCUGGCCAUGGCCAACCUGGAUCCCGUGGUGUGGACCUUUAUUCAGAGCGGAUACGGUCGGGGCCUGACAGUACGCGAAAAUCGCGAGGCUUUCGACAGGUGGCGAUUCCUACCCAGAGUGCUCUCGGGCUCUUCGAAGAGGAACACCCAGACGACUCUGCUGAACAGGGUUGUGUCCAUGCCCGUCGGCAUCGCUCCGACCGCGGCCCACUGCAUCGUGCAUCCCGAUGCCGAGCUCGCCGUUGUGAGAGCGGCUCGUGAGGCAAAGACCGUGAUGGCUGUCAGCGUGGUGCACUCCGCUUCGCUGGAAGAGAUGGCAGCCGCCGCAGGCCCCGACGCCGUCCUCUGGGCGCAGCUGGAUAUCCGCAAGGACCGCUCCAUAACGCUGGAGGAAGCCCUGCGCGCACAGCGCUGCGGCUUCGCAGCGCUUGUCGUGACGCUAGACGCCCCCCUUGUCGGACGCAAGGCCGCACCCGGGGUCACCGACCCAGUGGCAGAAGCCUUCGGAGAGACCUUCUUGCGUCUUCGAGGUGGCACGCCUGGCCAUGAGUGGGACCCGUGCCAGAGCUGGGAUGACAUCGACUGGCUGCGCAAGAAUGUGGACCUGCCUCUAGUCAUCAAGGGCAUCCUCCGAGCCGAUGACGCUGUGAAAGCUGUGGACCACGGUGCUUCCGCAAUCGUCGUGUCCAACCACGGUGGUCUUUACAUGGACGGCGUUCCUGCUACGCUGGAGGUGCUGCCGGAGUUGGUGCGUGCCGUGAGUGGGCGCUGUGAAGUCUAUAUGGACGGCGGCAUCCGGUGUGGCGGCGAUGUGGUCAAAGCGUUGUCCCUAGGAGCCAGAGCAGUGUUCAUCGGCCGGCCAAUCUUCUAUGGUCUGGGAUACAAGGGUCAGCAGGGAGUCACCGAAGUACUCGAGUGCAUCCGCCGGGAGCUCGACAACUGCCUCGCACUAAUAGGUUGUUCCGACGUGGAAAAGCUACAUCCUGGCUUCCUGAGGCGCAGCGCCGUUUCUUCCCACGAGCAAAGCAGCUCUACACCACACGACUUUGCCACACGUUUCUCUUCAUGAAAAAAACAGAAAUAUUGUGAAGCAUUUAUGUGCGGUUUUAAGUUCACAGAUUCAUGUUUGUGUAUAGUACAAAGAAGCUGCACGCGUGAAAGGCCAUCUGCAACAAAGAAUUCAACCCCGUAUAGAGCCUAAUUUACAUAGUGCAGAUAUAGAAAAGCUUCCGUGCAAAAUUUUUCGCUUGAAAUACGAGUAGAUGCGUCGCGGAAAGCUAGAAAAAAAUAGCUGUUUUUCACAAUGGAACUGACAAAAAACUCAGGCACGGCAACUCGCCGUAAAUGACGCAUCACAUAGAACGUGCAUCUUCCAAGCAUGACCUCGGAAGCCUCUGAGAUUAUCCGGCUGCCGCGGUUGCCCGCGGCGCGCUGAAAUUCUCGGAGGCGACGUGCUUGGAUUUACGUCACAUGUGCUCACCACUAGGUUCAUGCGUCGUCUGUUUGUGUGCUAUUUAAAAGAUUCUAAUAAGUGAUUCAGCAGAGCCAACGAGUUGGAAUCAAUAUACAGCUAAGCUUUCCGUGAGUCCACACAGAGUCGAAACAUGAGUACACGCGCCCCCCCCCCCCCUCCCACCUCUCUGCACACACGUGCACAAGCGCAAGCGCACACAAAUUAUACCGAGCCUUUCGUUAAGCGGAGUUACUGACUACUAGCUAGUACGAAGGACGCCUUGAACGCAUCAUGGUUACAGAGGCAGCAUGCACAUACGUACGUAACGAAAUUCAAGUCCAUUCUAUCCGCAAGAAGAGUUUACUUGCUGAUUACCGUGCAGCCGCGUAUGCGCGAAGAACUUCUUAGUUCUUUUUUUUUCUUUCCUCCGCACGGCUGGCGCCACCCCUGCCGUGGAUGCGCUGAGCCGACCGCCAUCUGGUCGUGGUGCAAGAAACGCAGCGGCGCGCGCGGCAUACGUACUCAACUGUGACUGGUUGGUCUAUACGACAAGAGAACAGCCAGGCCCACGGUUACGAAAACCGGCGAGGUGCGCAAUGAAAGCAUCGCUUUCAAGAAUUAGAGGAUUACGAACCCUGCAGUCUUGAAAAUAUUGCUUCACUUUUUGUAUUACUAAUUUAUAACCAAUUUAGGCAAAAUGAAGUUUCGCUGCAGUUGGCCUUUCAUUUUCGUGCUGGUGUUAUACGUACUUUUCAGCAGGGUACCCACUACACCAGUGCAUUGGGCCGAAAUAUAUAUGAAUGGAAUAGAUAACAAAACGUCCAGAAUUCAUCUGAGCAACUCUUUCUAGGAGGAGGUAAAGGGACGAAAAGUUACAAUGAAAUGCUGAUCAUGAGGCCAGGAAAAAGUGCGUGUAGACACAAUAAAGAUGUUGCGCAGUGCA